AUGCUCCGGACAACAGCCUGCUUGGCAGUACUUUGGAGAUAUGCCACGGCGAUUUUGAAUGACAUGGACUGCACCUCCUGGAAGGCAGACGCCUAUCGAUGGCAGGAGGCUGCAGGACUGACGAUCCCGUAUGUCGAUGAAGGCAUCGACGAGAAACACAGCCCGUUCAUCGUGCUCAAUGCCACGCAUGCCAAGGUCGUGGUGGGCAAGGGAGCUGUAACUGGAGAUCCGAACGACCUGGUCCAUCCGAUGGUGGAUGAUCCCGACGUCAUCCACUUCAUCCAACUCAUCUGGGUGGAAGACCAAUCUGGCAAUCUGGUCUCGAUGCGUCAUUUGUCUCCAGCGGAGCCAGCUCCUGCCACGAUGUACUUCGAGAUACCGACGGGCACUACGAGCCUGCGUGCCUUCGAGCUUUGCAAUCUGCAUGGCCUCUACCGCAGUCCAGCCGUGUCCGUCGCCUCCGGACAAACCUCCGCCUCCGCCGCUGCUGCCUGCUCUGUACAACAGUGCUCAGAAGGGACCUCGGUCUCCAACUGCCAGGCCUUCGCUGGCGAGCUGAUGCGAAGAGAGGAUUAUCAGCCCAAGACGGACCCCACAGGCAAGCACACGCCUUUCCUGAUGGUGAACGGUACGACUGCGACCAUCGUGGUCGGCGUCGGCGGCACCCCAGGAAACGAAGGCGGCUUGGUUCACCCCAUGACGCCCUCGGAGGACAAAGACUUCGCCCACUGGAUUUCGCACAUCUACGCAGUGGACGACUUGGGGAACCUGGUGGCGAUGUGCGAGCUUUUGCCAACAGACCCAGUUCCGGCGUCCUGCACUUUCCAGGUCCCCGAGAACAUCCCCUUUCUCAGGCCCUACGAGUUCUGCAAUGUGCACGGUUUGUACAUCGGCGACCUCGUGCAGGUGUCCAGCGCAAACGCCAGUGCUGAGCGGAAUUGUAUCAAAAGGGAAUGCACAGCUAGCCAACCGUCCCUCGGCGCCGAGCCCUUGCGCAGCAAAGCUGUGGAUGCUCUGCUUCAACAGCAGCAGGACACUGCAAACAGGAUCAGUUCCAUCAACAUGUGUUUGCAGCACAAAGCUCUCUACUAUGUUGCCAAGAGCGUCAUCGAUGAGGAUUUGCAGGCAGACAUCGACCGCCUCACCGAAGAAGGUGAUGCAGAGAGCGACAUCGAACGCCGCAUCAACACCUUUCCGGAAUUGUUUGCCAAGCUCAACGCCUUGGGCGGGAGAUGGGCAGCGCGUGACGUCGUCAUCGAACACACGCUCCAGGAUGCCAACGGAGCCCAGCCCAGCUUGCAGCUGGACCUCAUCAAUGAAGCGGAGACACGAUUCAAGCAGACGGUCCUCGGACGAGGCAACGAGACUUUUGCCGAGGGCAUCAACCAGCCCAUUGUAGACUUGUCACAGGACCUACUGAUCAUUGACGCGACCUUUGGAAUGGAUUGGGGCUAUACGACCUACAGAGCGCUAGGCCCGCACUAUACCAUCUUCUACUCGCUCGACUUUGUCCAGCAGUAUGUGAACGUAUCAUUGUGCUGCAAAACGCUCGGCUGGAUGGGCAUGGGCUGGCUCGAUCCAGCACGCGAAGGUGGCCCACUCAUGCAGGACACGGACAUGGUCGUUGCUUAUGUCAGAGAUGGCCAAGCAGGGAUAGAGGAUCGCUUCGCCCGCUGGAUCGAAGAGCCACUCAAGGACGAGCUGCUGCAAGGACAGCGAUCGGACGACUUGGGGAAUCCGCUGAAUGGCGCCAACGAUCUUGAGCUCGUUCCAGGAGUCUUGGGCACAUCUGGAAAAGAGUGGUGCCCGGACGAUGCGUGCAAUCCGGGAUUCAGCCUGGUGCAAUUCCGACGGAAGUUUAUGACGGAAGACGUCUCUGAUAUCGUUCUACCCGUCAAGGCCUCCAAGAUCGGUAUCAUCUUCUCUUUCGCCAAGACCGAUCCUUUCGAGAGCUACUUGGAGCAGCAUCUGCCGACCUCCACCGGAUAUAUUGACAUUCCCUGGAAUUUGGUCUGCGACCCGGGCUUCUACUUCGACAUCACGGUCACGGAGUGCAAGCCUUGUGAGAAGGGCUUCUUCCGACCUGACAACACCUCGGUGUUUACCUGCCUCCGGGCGCCGCCGGGGACCUUCCAGAAUGAGACAGGGCAGGCAAGCGCCAAGCCGUGUAAGCGGGGCUUCACCACCUUCACUGCGGGAGCCACGCAGGAGUUCGCUUGCGUUUGCCCGGGCCCUUCUUUGACAGUGCCCAGCGGGAGGUACCACGUUGAUAUCUGCGGAGGUACUCCCAGGACAGAUGCCCGGGGCAAUCUGAGGGCUUGUGCUCAGCUCGGGGAUUGCGUCGAAUGCCCAGAAGGCAUGAUCUGCGAGGGCGCCAGAGACGUGGCGAACGCAUCGGAGCCAGCUGUGAGAGAACGCAUCGCAGCAUUUUGCUCUUCGUAUGCCUACGCUGACACGGAGGCCUGCACCUCCAGAGUGUACUGCGAGGCCAAUCUCGAGGACGCAGCUUGCGACCACGCGCCGCCGAAGCUGCUUCCAGGCUUUUGGUCCAGCCCAGACGACCCAUUGUCAGUGUUCACCUGCGCGAGCGAGUUCCAUUGUCGUGGUGGCCCGCCGGGUGAGGUCUGCGCAAGUGGGCGUCGGGAUGUCGCCUGCGGCCUUUGCAAGGAGAAUUACCACGGCGGCGACCAGGGAACCUGCAUCCCAUGCGAAUCGACAGACAUGGUGCCCGGGAUUCUCGCCUUGACUGCAUGCGUCCUCGUGGCCAUUGCUGUGUCCAUCAGAAUGCGAACACAUCUCACGAAGAAUUCCAAAGCGGUGCUGUCCUUGGGCAUCAUCCUCUCUCAAGCGGGAGUCUUGGUACAGACACUUGGCGUCUUCUCCGACCUGACCAUGGUUUGGGAAGAGCCUGUGAAGACCCUUCUGGAGCUGAUGCAGCUGGUGAACCUGGACCUCUCCAUUUUAAGAAUCCAGUGCAUGGUGGGAAACGAGGACCCCGCGCUCUCCGUGCUGAUGAUUCUGCUGACGCUGCCGGGGCUCUGCAUCCUGGGUGGUCUCAUGGGCUGGAUGCUGUCGCGCUACAAGGGCGAGUCCUUCAGCUGGCCACGCUAUUUGAACGUGGUGGGACUCUUGGUGAUGUUUGGCUACCUCGCGGUGUGCAUGGCCUUGUCUCGCCCGAUCCAUUGCGUGUCGAACCCCAACGGCACCCAGAGCAUGAAAUCUUUCCCUGCCCAAGUUUGCUGGACUGAUUCUCACACGCCGGCGGCGAUUGAAGCGAUUUUCGGAUUGACGGUUUUUGGCCUGGGCUUUCUUGCAUACAUCAUGCAGGUGGUUUGGCGAUAUCCAUCUCUCGUGCACACUGGCCACGGGUUGAAGCUGCUGACACAGUAUCACUUCUUGUUCAACCGCUUUGGGAGCCACGCCUACUAUUGGGGUCCCUACUUCAUACUGCAAAAGCUACUUGUGGCGAUUGUGCCGAUCGUUUUUGCAGACAGCGCCAUCGUGCAGAUCAUGCUUCUGUCCCUGCUGAUGGUGAUAUACUUGGCGACCUGCUGCCACGUCAAGCCAUGGGCAACAGACCUGGCCAAUCUGGCGGACGUCUUCCUGAACAUGGGGCUGAUGCUGAUGCUGCUGAUAGCUGCCUUCCUCGCAGAUUCUGCCGGCCGAGACAGCAGGAGCAGGCUAAGCGUCAUCCUCGUCAUCAUGCUCCUGAAAAUCUGCCUUGGCAUCGCCUCCUUGGCAGGCUACGCAGUGUACAAGAAGCUCUUCCCAGGCAACAUGUACGACUAUUUCCUGUGCCAUCACAAAGCAGGUGCGGGAACACUUUGCCGAUGGCUGAAGACUGAGAUGCUGAAACAGUCGAAGAACAGAGCAAAGGUCUUCCUGGACUCUGACGAACUUGAAGGAUUAGCAGACAUCGGUGACAUUGUCAAGAGCCAGACUGGCACACUGGUCAUUGUUGCAACGAAAUCUGUGCUGUCCCGACCCUGGUGUGCCGUGGAAAUCACCAGCGGGGUCAACAACAAGAUCGACAUUGUGAUGGUAGAGUGCAACAACUUCAGCCACUACGACGAGGAAGGCUUUAGGGCCUUGCGUGAAGGCUGGGGCAGUGCCGACAUCAUGAUAUUCGCGCAGAAUGCAAUCGACCCCGGAGUGGUGGAGGAGUGCUAUCGGCGACUACAGUCUGUGACCAGGAUACCUUUCGAUGCCAAUGGGACCUUGCGAAUGCACCGAGAAGCUGUGGCCACCAUCUUGAAGCACCAUCUCCCCAAGGCGGACGAGGAGGCCGACAAGCAUGCCGAUGUCGUCAUCCUCGGUGCUGUGAGCAGCUCCGAAGGCAAAUUCACUUGCCAGGUUUUGGCUGACAGUGUCAUCCAUCGCACUGCAAGAAAUGCAGCGUUGGUGUGCAGUCCAGAAGACGCAGUUCAAGCCAGUGCGACAGCCCAGUACAUGUUGGUGGUGUUGAGCGGCGGAAUUCUGCAGGAUGACACAUUCUUGGCCAUGCUCGAGGCUGUGGACACGGCUUUCACCAACCAGCUGGAGAUUGUAAGCGCUAUCGCGGACCAGAGCUUUGAGUUCCCUUCCGCGAAUUAUUUCCAGGCACUCGUGGACAAGGGCUCGAAGAACCUCGAGCAGUCAGUCCGACGAGUGGUAAACAUCCUGGCCCUGCCAUUUAGCCCACAAGUCUCGAGCAAGGUGCUCAGUGCACAGGCUGAUGAGCUUUGCCGACGGUUCCGCUUCAAGGACGAAACAGUCAGAAGAACCAGCCUACUGCAACAUCCUGUGGUCCCGCAUGUGCGUCGAGACGCGCACGCGGACGCGCAGAAAGAGGAGGCUCCAGAGGCUCCAGCGACCACACUGACAUCUUCAAAAGAUGGCCUCGUCCGCAGCGCAGAGGGCGCAGACACACUGUCACUGUUGACAGGUGGCAGUGCCAGCGACCCGCCCAUGCGAAAGGUUACCUACACGUUGACCGAGGUAUUGGACAAGCAGGUGGGCGCAAGGGAGGAUUCAGGAUCGCUAAAUAUCCUGGUGCGGAAGUACGGGACAGAUACAAAGCAAACCAUGAAUGUAGAUAUCCAGGUCAACCUUUUGAUGUUGGUCUCCAAGCGAUUAAACGUCUCGCUUGGCACGGCCGUCCUUCACCCGUUCGUGUUUUGCACGUGCUGCUCGUGGACCCCGAUCUCGCAGUUGCCCGCCCCGCACGGAACUCAGCGUUGGGUCCGUGGCACACCAUGGACAGGCCUUCAGACUGAAAUGUGCUCGGAGGCUGGGCACAUAGCAGACCUAUCAGAGGUUAUCAGCCGUAGGAACGAGGCGGCGGCUAAUCAAUACUUCCUGCAACUUCUCCAAGAGAAUAACCAGGUCAAUGUUUUCGUGAACGACCCCAGGAUCCAACAGGCUCUGGAGCUGAGAGCUGAAAGGCGUCACCAGUUCGUUCUGGACAACAUCUACUCAGAGGCUAACAGCUACAUUGCCCACCUGGAGGCCACCGCCGAUGCAAACCACCGCCAGCAACUCGCUUUCGUGAGAGAGUCCACCAUGGUAUUGGUAGGCCAACUACACAAUGAAACCCGAAUUCUAGAGCGAAUCGCCCAGUCAGAGCAGCGAUCAGCACAAGAGUUCCAGGCACAGCUGACACGCACCCAACAGGAGUGUCAUGACGAGAUGUCAGUGGCGAAGCAGCUUGAUGCACAUCGUUCCGAGCUGGAAGCAGCAGCGCGCACGCUCACGGCAGAACACAGACAGCACGAACACAACUUCGCUGAGCUGCGCACAUCCUUCGAUGAAAACCGAGUCCAACUCAUAGAGUUCUUGGGUUUUGAGUUUGAGGAAAAGCUUCAGUGGGAGGAAAAUGAAUGUCAGUUUCGACUUGCCUCUGAGGAACAGCAGUAUGAUAGCUUGAUUGACGAUUUGCAGGAUCGCAACGCGGAGCUUAUAGCUGAGGACGCCAGCCCAUCUGUCCCGGCCAAGGGAGACAAAGGUGACAAAGGUGGCAAGAGAUCUCCGUCUGGCAAGCGCAGGCGCCCCAGUAAGAAGAGGACUAAAAGCGAGGAGAAGACGGCUGCAUGCUGCCUCUCUCAAUCAGCCACCCUCACGGGUGAGCCCUCUUGCUCAACUGGGAUCUCCUUCGCUUUAGCUGCCCGCAAGGGCCCAGCCACCAAGUCACGCACCAAAAGUGUUCGAUUCCUGAGGCCAGAGAUCGUAGACACUCCGCUUGAAGGUGAAGGUUGGAGGUUCGUCACGGAAAAGAAGAAGUAUGACUGGAAGGUCAAGUCGGCGGACCAGUGCCCACCAUCUGAUUCGGAGGACACCGAGAGAGCCUUGCGUAAUGCCCGUCACUUGGAGUCAGCAGUGAACGGUAUGAGGCUAAAGGUCCGG